GCCAGGACACCCUAUAUUAGCAUUUUGCUAAAAUAAAUGUAUAUGCUAAACGGUCUCAUAUACAAGGAUAUUUGCAGUCAGAAUUGAAAGCUUAAACCACCCGGUGUAUAAUGCAAUUUUAAUCCCCUUGAACAUGGCUUAUGAAUCCCAAAUGGACCACUUACCUUUCCCCUCUAUCCUUAACCCUCCACUUCAUGCGCCUGUCGUUACCACCCGUGUCCCAAAGCUGAGGGGGUGAAAAGUGCUAAUUAGACUCUCCAGUAGCCUCUUCCAGUAAACUACAACAUCAAAAACCUGCCGACUGACCAAUACAUUUUCAGGUGGUUGAGGUCUAAAACGAUUUCAUUUAAUAAUGAAAUGUGCAACAUGAGUUCCAUUCCAGUCACGAGUAUGUGCCGACCUUGAUGGGUUUGCAACUAUCUGGAAGUUCCGUGAGCAACACAUGACCAUGGAGGCACUCGGUGUGAGUGGGGCACAGCGGCAAAUGUUGGGUCAUCGUCUGCGCAGGGCAUGAAGCAUUUUGGCUGAAUGGAAGACAAUACCAGGGAGAACAAAGAAUGGUGAAGGUGAUACCAUGCAACACCAAAGAGUUGAGUGCUUACAACAGGGCUCUUCAAGAACUGUUCCAGGCUGUCAACAACCCUCCAAACAGGUUUGACAGUGACUGCAGUCAGGUUGACAGUGACGAUGAGAACAGCACUUCCUGCCCUCUCCUGGAAACAGAGAUCCACUACACAGAGACCGAUGUGACCCUGCCCUCCAGUCUGGCCGGUAGCUCAGGCUCCUGUGAGACAGAGCCUACUGUGGGGCUGGCCAGAGAAAAGGAGGUGAGGGCUGAGAGACCGGGCAAUGGGGCGAGUCAACGCUCCUCUCCUGUCCUCUGUCCCUCGGCGAUGGGCCAAGUAAACCGGGAGAUGCUGCACAUCUACCGACAACUACAAACAGAGCAUUUGAGGCAGCAGAAGUGGGCGGGCCAGCUCCAGGACAGAGAGAACAAACUGUUACAGCAGGAGAGCCGUGUUAAGGAGGCGAGACAGCUACAGGACCAGCUGAAGGAGAGAACCAGAGAAAACAAGAGGUUAAUGGCUAGCUUCAACUCCAUCAAGGAACACAAUGACACCAUGAAGAAGCAGCUGAAUGAUCUGAGUGAGCAGAACAAGCAUCUGGAGAACCAGUUCAGAAAGGUUCAAGCUCGGCUAGAGAACCUUCAGAGGAAGUAUGAGUACUCCAUGGCACAGAAAGGGAGAGAGGAUGUUUGCCUGAAAACCACCCAGUCAAAACCUAAAGCGCAGACAACUGCUACCUCCAAACCAGCCAAAGUCAGUAGAAGUUCUGCCCCUUUAAGGCUGCAGGCUUUGCUAUUGGACUGGGUUUUAGACGGACAGGCGUCUCCUCCGGUAGAAGGAGACAGCAGAACAGCCCCGGGCCAAAAGCCCAUGUCACCAGGGGUCUCACGCCAUGACAGGUGCUCUAAGGCAUUGCCUCUGUUGGUAGAGCAACUUCAGCAGUCCUCUACUUCAUCAGACCCUUCGGUCUACCUGUCCCUGAUCAGGUUCAUAUGCUGGAGCCUGACAGAGAUUGACCGCAGCUCACAGCGCCUGGCUCUGUCGUCCACUCUGCGCCGUCUGGGGGAGGUGAUGUCCAGGGGUCCGACCCAGCAGACCGGAGUCCCCCCUCAUCCUCCCCCUCUGUAUAGGAGCCCCUGCCCCCACACACGCAUCCUCUCAUCCCUCAUCAUCCUCAGGACCAUCACCCAGGCUGACGUUGUGGCCCAGGUGUUGGAUUCCCUCCACAGUGACCUGGUGUGUGUGGAUGUCCGAGGGCUGUUUCUGCGGCAUGGGGGAAUGUCUGUCCUCCUUGCCCUGCUCCGAUGUGGGAAAGUUGGGCUGCAAACCUCAAUAGACAUCCUGCUGCAGCUCAGUGGAGAGUCUCGGUAUCAGCAUGAGUUCCUGUCUGCAUGCAGCACUGAAGAUUUCUUCCGAAUGGCAGCUUUACUUGUGAAGAAGCCCAGACUAGAGCUUCCUCUCUUGGAGAAACUCUCGAUCAUCCUCCAGAAACUCUCCAAGAUCAGGAAAAACAGACGUCUGUUUGAGCUCUGCUCUCUGCAUCUGCUGCUGCAGGAGAUGCACAGAAGUACUGACCCAACACACACCUUCCUGUUAAUAAACCUCAGUUCUAUACUACUCAACCUUAACACACACACUUUAUAAUACAAUGUGUGUUGUUCUUUUGGUUUAUGUAGGUUUUAUAUUCUCUUUGUGUUUUAUUUAUUCAUAAUUUUUCAAUUUUCCAUUUUGCUUUGAAGUUAGAAUCAUGUUGGGAUGGAGUGGCUAUGAUGUUUGUUCCAGGCAUUCUGAGCAAAUCAGAUGAUUUCAUUAGGUAGCUUUUAACAGCAAUAAACAAAGAAAUUUCCAGAA